GCGUGUCACAGAUAAUUGUGUUUGUGUUUGUUCAUGUUUAUUCAAAUCAGAGUCAUCAGAAAUCCUAUUGACAAAGGCUUUAAGAGUGACAUCUUUUGAGAUGGAACUCUACUAGGUUUGUUCGAGUUUAAUGCGAUCAACUUCUCCAGGAAUUGAAGAGAUUUUCUUGUAUCUKUAAGAGGUUGCCUAUCACCCCAAGCCAAGCGUAAAUGAUUAGUGAUGUGUCAAGAAAGAUUCAAUAUAAUCGUUUGUUGGUGCAUCUCUGGAGAAUAUGAUGAAUACUGUUAUUGUUGAGACAUGGGACGUUCUCAAGUUAUACUGUAUUGAUGAGCUAACUCGACACGAGUCGAAUCGAUGACAGAAAUUCGCCACUUGACUAGAUUUUCACUCAGUAUUCUCGGUUGAGUUCAUUUUAAAUCACGAUCGCUYGAAGUCCAUGCUUGGUUACUAGUCAAUUCACCAUUUAAACGCUUCUUCAAAGCGAAGAAGAUGGAAAGGACCAUCAAACUAUGUGCAGUGAGGGAGCAUAUUACGUGUGGACUAUGUGGCGGCUACUUAAUUGACGCAACGACUAUCGUGGAGUGUCUCCACACAUUCUGCCGUAGUUGCUUGGUCAAGCAUUUACGAGAGUGCAACUUCUGUCCUUCAUGUAAAAUUGUAUUGCAUCAAAGUCAUCCAAUGAACUACAUAAGUACUGAUCGUACCUUACAGGAUAUUGUGUACAAAUUGGUGCCUGAUUUACAAGAACGUGAAAUUCAACGACAAAAGGAAUUUGAAGUAGCAAUGUUUAUGUAUCGUACAGGGGAACAACAAAAUAUACACAACAAUAGCCAGAAAAAUAUCUCGUCUCCAAAACCCAAAGUAGAAACUUAUGCCGAUACUUCGACAUCUAAAGAAGAUUAUCAUCGAAAUGAUGAACAAACGGCUAUUUGUAUGGAAUGUUAUAGAUCUUCAAAUGGAAAAUAUUUAUUAAAGCCAUUGACUCGUAAAUACCUAAAACUAUCAUCACAAGCUACAGUUCAACAUCUCAAGAAAUUUAUCGCUAAGAAACUUGCUUUGGAUAACCAUACUGAUGUAGAUAUUUUAUGCAAUGAUGAAAUUUUAGGAAAGGAUCACACUAUUAAAUUUAUUAUGGUAACUCGCUGGAGAUGUAAGGAUUCUCCGUUACUGCUGCAUUACAGACCAAGUUUGAAGCUUUUGUAUUAAUAAAUGCUGUUGAUUAACAAUAGCUUGGCAAUUUAUCAGCCACCGCCACUGGAAAUUCUCUAGUACCUGGCAAACAAUCGCCGAUACGACAGGAAUAACAUUUUUGACAUCCCUUGGUUUUGGCUUUUCAUUUCUUUACUGUUUUUUAUAAUAUAUGGGAUGUUAUAUCUACGUUUGCCUGUAAAACGUUUGAGUUCAGAUUUGCCACACAAGAUGGCGGACAAUAGUCACGUGACGUAUUGAAGCAAAGCACUUCAAAUCAAGAUGAGAUGGUCAGUAUUUAAUAAACAUCGUUUGCUUUUUCCUUGCCUUCAAAAAUAGGUAAUGUUAGAAAUCUAAUCUUAAAUUAUAGCAUUUUUCUUGCCUUUGCAUACAUUUAUUUAUACGCAUAAAUAUAUUAUAUUAGCCAGCAUUGUGCCACAUUGCACUGUAUAAGAAGUUACUGUUGGAUUAAUUCAGCUUAUGAAGAAUGAAUUUUAAAGAGUCGUUUUUAUACACAAAAAUAUGUAAUCACUGCAAAUACGUGCUCACGCAAACCCAAAGAAAAUAAUAUAAAGAUGGCCAUUAUAAA